GCAACUACACAAGAGGCAACUACACAAGAACCAACUACACAAGAGGCAACUACACAAGAGGCAACUACACAAGAGGCAACUACACAAGAGGCAACUACACAAGAGCCAACUACACUAGAGGCAACUACACAAGAGGCAACUACACAAGAGCCAACUACACAAGAGCCAACUACACUAGAGGCAACUACACUAGAGGCAACUACACUAGAGGCAACUACACAAGAGGCAACUACACAAGAGCCAACUACACACGAGGCAACUACACUAGAGGCAACUACACAAGAGGCAACUACACAAGAGCCAACUACACUAGAGGCAACUACACAAGAGGCAACUACACAAGAGGCAACUACACAAGAGGCAACUACACUAGAGGCAACUACACAAGAGGCAACUACACAAGAGGCAACUACACAAGAGGCAACUACACAAGAGGCAACUACACUAGAGGCAACUACACAAGAGGCAACUACACAAGAGGCAACUACACAAGAGGCAACUACACUAGAGGCAAAUACACAAGAGGCAACUACACAAGAGGCAACUACACAAGAGGCAACUACACUAGAGGCAACUACACAAGAGGCAACUACACAAGAAGCAACUACACAAGAGGCAACUACACUAGAGGCAACUACACAAGAGGCAACUACACAAGAGGCAACUACACAAGAGGCAACUACACAAGAGGCAACUACACAAGAGCCAACUACACUAGAGGCAACUACACAAGAGGCAACUACACAAGAGCCAACUACACAAGAGCCAACUACACUAGAGGCAACUACACUAGAGGCAACUACACUAGAGGCAACUACACAAGAGGCAACUACACAAGAGCCAACUACACUAGAGGCAACUACACUAGAGGCAACUACACUAGAGGCAACUACACAAGAGGCAACUGCACAAGAGCCAACUACACUAGAGGCAACUACACAAGAGGCAACUACACAAGAGGCAACUACACAAGAGGCAACUACACUAGAGGCAACUACACAAGAGGCAACUACACAAGAGGCAACUACACAAGAGGCAACUACACAAGAGACAACUACACAAGAGACAACUACACAAGAGACAACUACUCAAGAGGCAACUACACAAGAGGCAACUACACAAGAGGCAACUACACAAGAGGCAACUACACUAGAGGCAACUACACAAGAGGCAACUACACAAGAGGCAACUACACAAGAGGCAACUACACAAGAGGCAACUACACUAGAGGCAACUACACAAGAGGCAACUACACAAGAGGCAACUACACAAGAGGCAACUACACAAGAGGCAACUACACUAGAGGCAACUACACAAGAGGCAACUACACAAGAGGCAACUACACAAGAGGCAACUACACUAGAGGCAACUACACAAGAGGCAACUACACAAGAGGCAACUACACAAGAGGCAACUACACAAGAGGCAACUACACUAGAGGCAACUACACAAGAGGCAACUACACAAGAAGCAACUACACAAGAGGCAACUACACUAGAGGCAACUACACAAGAGGCAACUACACAAGAGGCAACUACACAAGAGGCAACUACACAAGAGGCAACUACACAAGAGCCAACUACACUAGAGGCAACUACACAAGAGGCAACUACACAAGAGCCAACUACACAAGAGCCAACUACACUAGAGGCAACUACACUAGAGGCAACUACACUAGAGGCAACUACACAAGAGGCAACUACACAAGAGCCAACUACACUAGAGGCAACUACACUAGAGGCAACUACACUAGAGGCAACUACACAAGAGGCAACUGCACAAGAGCCAACUACACUAGAGGCAACUACACAAGAGGCAACUACACAAGAGGCAACUACACUAGAGGCAACUACACAAGAGGCAACUACACAAGAGGCAACUACACAAGAGGCAACUACACAAGAGACAACUACACAAGAGACAACUACACAAGAGACAAGUACUCAAGAGGCAACUACACAAGAGACAACUACACAAGAGGCAACUACACAAGAGGCAACUACACAAGAGCCAACUACACUAGAGGCAACUACACAAGAGACAACUACACAAGAGCCAACUACACAAGAGGCAACUACACAAGAGGCAACUACACAAGAGCCAACUACACAAGAGGCAACUACACAAGAGGCAACUACACUAGAGGCAACUACACAAGAGCCAACUACACAAGAGCCAACUACACAAGAGGCAUCUCCUGUGUUAACAAUAAAUUAG